GAGAAGAAAUGUUAUAGAAUUGGUUAUUAGUUAUUACCAAAAGAAAAUUUUUUAAGAUUCGUAUGCUAUCAGAAUCAUAGGUAGCCACUUGCGUAGGGGAACCCGAAGCUCGAUGAAAAGGAUAUGACCAUUCUGACGUUUUCAAUCUCCAUAAAGGAUACCAAGAAUUUGUCUAGAACCAGUAACGCUGCAAUGCCCGACUCAAGUUCUGAAACGGUUAUGCAAUAUCAGGCUUCUAACUCUGCUAAUCAACCAAGAAAGAGGUUAUGGCCCUUCACUCUUGUUUUAUCUACAAUGGUUCCUGUACUGGCAGCUGUGCUUGUCUACCAGCUUGACUCAUUCGAGCCAGCUCCUAUGCCCAUCCACGAGUUGGGUCAGACACCCAUGACUGUGUCGUUGCGCAACGAUCGCAUGCUACAAGGAGCUGAGUUCGUGGGUGCAGGGAAGUUGCAAGGACCAGAAGAUAUCGCAUAUGAUCCCAAGUCACAACUCAUCUACACGGGUUGUCAAGAUGGGUGGAUCAAGCGAGUCAGGUUGAACGAUUCAGCCGUGGAAAACUUGGUUAACACACAUGGUAGACCACUAGGACUCGCUCUUGGACACAAUGAUGAAGUUAUCGUAGCUGAUGCUUAUAAGGGACUGCUGAAUAUAAGCAGAGAUGGUGAGGUGGAGCUGCUAACAGAUGAGGCUGAUGGCCUGAAAUUCAAAAUUACAGAUGGUGUAGAUAUAGCAGACAAUGGUAUGAUAUAUUUUACAGACGCUUCAUACAAAUAUGACUUGCAUGAUCACUUAUGGGAAAUCCUGGACGGUAAGCCUCAUGGUCGAUUUAUGAGCUUCGAUCCAGUUACCAGAAAAACCAGAGUGUUAGUCGGUGAUCUUUACUUUGCUAAUGGAGUUGCAGUCUCACCUCGUCAAGACUCAGCAAUCUUCUGUGAAACCAUAAUGUAUGUUGCCUUGGUGAUAAUCUCCAAAUUUAAUUGCAGGAGGAGGUGUAGAAAUUAUCACAUACAGGCCAACAAACAAGGACGCCUGGAGAAAUUUCUUGAUAAUUUACCAGGCUACCCUGAUAAUAUUAGAUAUGAUGGAGACGGUCACUACUGGAUUGGAUUAGCCGCGGAAACUUCGGUCACUUUUGAAUUAGCAUUCAGGUAUCCUUUCAUCCGAAAGGCUAUGGCAAUCAUGGCGAAGUACAUUGCACGACUACCUAACGGGAAAAAUGCAGGUAUAUUGGCAGUUGAUUUGGAAGGAAAACCAGUUGCCCACUACCAUGAUCGAGAAUUAUCUGCGGUUACAGGCGGAAUGAAGAUCGGAAAUCUUCUAUACUGUGGCUCUCUCACCUCUCCCCACAUUAUAAGCCUCAAUCUGGAUAAACAUCCUGCAAAAGCCGCUGCGUAAGCUGCAAACUUUUCAAAGUAGUAUUCCCUGUAGCUGCAGAAUGCAAAGGGCAGAGAGAAAUUGAGGCUUAUGCUGUCAAUAUGGCUUUGUUUAAGUAUCUGUGGAUCCUAAAAACAUCACAAUUUAAUGAACCAUAGAAAAAUAAUGAGCAACUUUGAGAAAUUUUAUCUUCCAGUUUUGGAGGAAACUUGGGUUAGCACAUUAUCAUUUUGCUCAAAAGAGGCUGCCAAGGACCUUUGCUUUUUCUCUCAAUAUAAACUUCUGUAUCUUUCCGGUUGAAGUUCUUGGCAAUUUACUCAAAUAUCACUGUUUUGAUAGCCAUAUAAUGUUGGGAGUGGUGUCGGAAAAACCUGAUUAGUUCUUCAGCAUUGACAUCAAAUCCCUCUUUUAACUUCAUAAAUGCUCGAGGGAUCUGUCCUCAAUGAUUAUCUGGCCAUGCAGCAACUGCAGCCUCAAGAACUGUUGGAUGUCUAUACAAAAUUGUUUCAACCUCAACCGUGCUCAUAUUAUCUCCACCUGAAAUUAUUAUAUCAUUGAGCC